AUGGAAUGGCAUGCAGUAGCUUCAUGGACAUGGGAUGCUCAAGAUGAGACAUGUGGGAUAUGUAGAAUGGCUUUUGAUGGUUGUUGUCCUGAUUGUAAACUCCCUGGUGAUGAUUGCCCACUAAUUUGGGGUGCUUGCAACCAUGCUUUCCAUCUUCACUGCAUUCUGAAAUGGAUAAAUUCACAGACUCCCCAGGCACACUGCCCCAUGUGCCGGAGGGAAUGGCAGUUUAAAGAAUGAGCCUCCACCGGAAUUGGAAUUGGAAUUCCAUUCCUUUCCAUUCUCGCGUCUCAAUGCAAAUGACUAUGUAAUUCAAUUCCUUUGUAAUUGAGUGAGAAAAUCGAUGGAAUUCAGUUGUAAUCUUCUUUCAUUUCUAUAAAUGAUUGAAAUGCAUUUUGUAAACCUAUAAUUGGUGGCAUUGUAGUGUGUUGAUUUUUUUCUAUUAUGUAAUUAAUUUUUGGUA